AUGGCAAUCCUCACAAACCUCCUGGCCCUUCUCUCUGCGACUCCACUCCUUUACGCCGCAAUCCUACGCUCUCAAACCCUCCCGCCACCAAACCCCUCCAUCACCAGCUCUACGUCAGACGAUGAUGACAAUCCCCUUCCCCUCAUAAUCUGGCACGGCCUAGGCGACAACUACGCAGCAGAUGGUCUUGCAGACGUCGCCUCCCUCGCAGAAAAGAUUCACCCUGGUACAUUCACAUAUAUAAUCCGUCUCGACGAAGACGCUUCUUCCGACCGCACGGCAACAUUCUUCGGCAACCUAACUCUCCAAAUCGAACAAGUCUGCGCCGACCUAGCAGCCCAUCCCAUUUUAUCCACCGCACCCGCUGUUGACGCUCUAGGCUUCUCUCAGGGCGGACAGUUCUUAAGAGGGUAUAUUGAACGGUGCAACAUCCCGCCAGUACGCUCCCUUGUAACAUUCGGCUCGCAACACAACGGCAUCUCCGAAUUCCAGACUUGUAGUUCAGGAGACUGGGUCUGCAAAGGCGCACAAGGCCUCCUCCGCUCCAACACCUGGUCCUCCUUCGUACAAUCCCGCCUGGUACCCGCGCAAUACUUCCGCGACCCUGCCCAACUUGAGUCCUACCUGGAAUUCUCCAAUUUUCUUGCCGACAUCAACAACGAGCGUCUUCUCAAAAACGCUAGUUACAAAGCGAAUUUGGAAAAGCUAGAGAGGUUUACCAUGGUGCUGUUUGACGAUGAUGAAACAGUUGUACCGAAGGAGAGUAGUUGGUUUGCGGAUGUGGAUGAGGACGGGAAGGUUACGGAGUUGAGGGAUAGGACUAUAUAUAAAGAGGAUUGGAUCGGCUUGAAAGGUUUGGAUAAGAAGGGUGCGUUGAAAUUUGAGAAGACGGAAGGGGGCCAUAUGCAGUUGAGUAGUAAGAUUUUGAGAAAGACAUUCAAGGAAAAUUAUGGGAGACUUGGGAGGAGCUUUGAUGAGGUUGAUGAAGCUGUGGAUAUUGGGGAAGAGGAGUGGCAGCUGGAGUUGUAA